CUAUAUAGACCGUACACGAUAUUGGCUUCUGAUAUCGAUAUACCAUGUCUACAUAGCAUUCUCGUCUCGUAAUGCAGUGUGUUUGCCCUGUUUGCACUCUGUACACCGGAACUCCCCGAAGGGAAUCUUAGUCAGCGCCUACCAGAAAACGCCUAGUCGCAAAGGGGAAAGUUUGUUCCCAACAGCGACUCCGUUGGUGAAAAGAAACAGAGAUAUCAAUCUCUGUGGCCUCCAUCCCCCUCAAUUCCCACCCUCUUUUCCUAGAUACCCAGAAUGUUGUUCCGCACUGCCUGGGCCCGUCAGGCCCUUCCUCUCCGCCGUCAGGCCUUCACUCCCUUGGCGCGCCGUUCCGUCACCACCGACGCUGCUUCGGCGCAUGCUGAAAACAUUCCCCAGGAAGAUGACAAGCCCUUCACCGUCCGCCUCUCCGACGAGAGCUUCGAGACCUACGAACUCGACCCCCCUCCCUACACUCUUGAGGUCACCAAGAAGGAUCUGAAGCAGAUGUACUACGACAUGGUCGCAGUCAGACGGAUGGAAAUGGCCGCAGACCGUCUCUACAAGGAGAAGAAGAUCCGGGGUUUCUGUCACUUGUCGACUGGUCAGGAAGCCGUCGCCGUCGGUAUCGAGCAUGCCCUCAACGCCGAUGACAAGCUUAUCACUGCCUACCGAUGCCACGGUUUUGCUUACAUGCGCGGUGGUACCGUCCGCUCCAUCAUCGGUGAGCUGCUCGGCCGUCGCGAGGGUAUCGCCUACGGAAAGGGUGGUUCCAUGCACAUGUUCGCUCCCAACUUCUACGGUGGAAACGGUAUCGUCGGUGCUCAGGUGCCUGUUGGCGCUGGCCUGGCUUUCGCUCAGCAGUACAAUGAGCAGCCCAACACCAGUGUUAUCCUGUACGGUGACGGUGCUGCCAACCAGGGUCAGGUUUUCGAAGCUUUCAACAUGGCUAAGCUGUGGAAGCUUCCUGCUCUGUUCGGUUGCGAGAACAACAAGUAUGGUAUGGGUACCUCCGCAGCCCGGUCCUCCGCCUUGACCGAAUACUACAAGCGUGGUCAGUACAUCCCCGGUAUCAAGGUCAACGCCAUGGACGUCCUGGCCACCAAGGCCGCCGUCAAGUACGCCAAGGACUACACCGUCGCCGGCAACGGUCCCCUGGUCUUCGAGUACGUCACCUACCGGUACGGUGGUCACUCUAUGUCCGACCCCGGUACCACCUACCGUAGCCGUGAAGAGAUCCAGCGCAUGCGCAGCACCUACGACCCGAUCGCCGGUCUCAAGCAGAAGAUCAUCGACUGGAACGUCAUGACCGAGGACGACCUCAAGAACCUCGACAAGGAGGCUCGUGCCCUCGUCGACGAGGAGGUCGCCAUCGCUGAGGCCAUGCCCGUCCCCGACAACACCUCCCGUAUUCUCUAUGAAGACAUUUACGUCCGUGGCAGUGAGCCCCGCUGGAUGAGAGGCCGUACCGUCGAUGAGACGUUUUACUACUAGACUUUCGUAUAGAGUAUGAGUUUGUUAAGAUGAUUUUUGUAAUUUAGCCUUCACGUCUGGAAAAUGCAUUCACUGGGUAUAUAUUUGCGUAGGGGUAUCACAAUUAUCAAACAAACAAAUAACUAAACAGGAGGGAUGAAGAUCAGGCGGGCUCCUGCCUCAACAUCUCCAAAAUCAUUUCUUGCGUCCUCUGUACCGAGUCGAGCUUUUCCUCCAAGGACGCGCGAUCCCGCU